AUGUCUUCCAACGAGCAAACCUUCAUCGCUAUCAAACCUGACGGGGUUCAAAGAGGCCUUGUCGGCCCCAUCAUCUCCCGUUUCGAGAACAAGGGCUUCAAGUUGUCUGCCAUCAAGAUGACCCAGCCCGGACAGGAGCACCUCGAGAAGCACUACUCCGACCUCAGCGACAAGCCCUUCUUCCGCGGUUUGAUCUCUUACAUGAACUCUGGCCCCAUCUGCGCCAUGGUCUGGGAGGGCCGUGACGCCGUCAAGACUGGCCGUACCCUUCUCGGUGCCACCAACCCCGCUGCCUCCGCUCCUGGCACCAUCCGUGGCGACUUCGCCAUUGACGUCGGCCGCAACGUCUGCCACGGUUCCGACACUGUCGAGAACGCCCAGAAGGAGAUCGCUCUCUGGUUCAAGAAGGACGAGGUCACCAGCUGGAAGUCUGCCCAGAACGACUGGAUCUACGAGAAGCCUUAA